CCUAUCGGAGGAGGUGUAAGUAGAGACAUUUAUCUAUCAAUAUGACCAGGAGCGAGCAAUUGAGAUUGACCAAACGAAAAUAAUGCCGGCGGCGACGAAAGGGAAUUAUCGGCCAAAACAUGCCCAGGCUCCUUCGUGUGGCAGCACGAGCAUGUUGACAUCGAAACCACCAACCGGGGCAGUCGUGCCAGCCACAGCUACUAUUGCGUCGUCAAACACCAGCACGAGGACAAAAAAGGAACCGUGCCAGGCUACAGGUCUUCGCGACAGGCAGAAACUAACUCAUCACGAGACGGAGACCAUUAUGAAACCGCUUACCACCUGUACCGGGGCCGGGACUCCAUGGACGGGCCUUAGAAAUGCUAUAAAUUGUCCACCUUCAUCAACAUCAUCAUCUACUACAGAGCGCAAUAAACCAAGCCACCAUGAUAACUACUUCCCUGGGUUGCUGUUCCGCUGGCGUUUACUCGCAGCGGGUUCCGUCGUGCUGGUCGGGUACCUGCACCAGACGAGUUUUCUCCCUGUCCCUUCGGAGGCCGAGGACGAGCAGCCAAAAGGAGCUUCAACUUAUUUCCUGAAGAGGACGUGGGACAGCUUUUUUGAGUUCUCAAUUGCGAGUUCAGUUCUCGCUUCUUUUCACUCCAGCUCUGGAAGAACACGAACAGAUGAACAACUACCUGCAGGAAGAGGUGCUUCUACUUUAUUUCCCCCCGGAGAAUCUUUUUCAGGAUCUGGUUUUUCCUUCUUCUCCUCGUUUCCAACUUCUCGUGUUGAGGUUGACGCUACAAGAACCUCAUCUGGGGGGCAGUACUACCAGCAGACGGAGGCACCAUGCGGAACGGCGAGCCGGUUCGCGUCGAGCGGUGAAACGACCUACUCAGAUGGGGGCGGUAGAGCAGCUUGGGAACAAAUGCCAAAUGGAUCUCCGUCUGAUAUCGGGAUGAACACAAACGAUCAUGUUCACGCAACAUAUGAAGAUUAUUUUUACAACGUGAAGAACCCCUAUGGUAAUCAUAAUCUGCAAGUGCCAUCCUCUUCAUCUAUCCCUGCAAGGCGUGGUGUGUCGGGCGGUGGAGAUGACAAGGACUACUGCGGCGACGGUCAACAACAUCAGCUUUCUCGCCAGCUUCACGGGCGGCCGCGACCAGUGCAGCUGGAAGGAGGAGGAGGCACGAUGAGGAAAAUGGAAAAAUUGAAAAAUCAAGAGAUGAAUCAUAUUACUACUAACCCUGCACGACGAGAGAAGGAAGCAGGUGGACACAAAAACAAGAGAGCACGACAUCACGUAGAUCGUCUACCUUCUCAUGCUCGCGUGGUUGAAGAUGUUGUGGUACCGAGGAAAUCUGGUACUGCUAGCACUGCUGCUCCCGACGAUGACGAGGAGGAGGACAGCGCAAGCGCCAGUACGGACGACAAAAAUUAUGGCAGCACGCCGGCGUCGAAAAGUUACGCUCGCCGCAGCGUUUAUGGAUGUGUCAGGAUUGAAAUCGACAAAGUUGAAAUAACUUCGUAAUGCAUAAAAUGGAUGCAAGUGGUGACGCAGUUUCCAAGUGGCGCAUGACAAAUUUGGGUAGAGCCGAAAUGCAGUUUGUCAUGCCGUUUAGGCAAAGAUGACUGAUUUUCUCAUGCUACUUUAGCAGCUCAGUUUCUACCCCUCAACAGGCUCACAAUCUGCCUCACUUGCCUGCUCUGCAACACACGUAUUUCGCGGUAUGCAUUUUAUGCAUGACAAACUAUUAUUUUAACUUUGACGAUUUCAAACCUGACGCUUCCAUAGCGUUGACAGUAGUAGUGAAGAACAAGAGCGCGGCGAAGGGGGAAGUAGUUCUUCUGCUGACGAUAUCGUCCACAAAAAAACAACCAUCCUCAUCCAAUUUGUCAUGCAAAACAUGCAUAAAGCUCAUUAUAACAAACUAGAAUUUGUCAUGCAAAAAAUGGAUGGGAAUGGUCAUUUUUUUAUGGAUAGGCGACAGUGAGGAAGAAGAGAGUGCUAUCAUUUGUAAAAACGUCCCCACUCCAUAGUUGUCAUGCAGAUUUGCGAUUACAGGAAGAUUUGUAAUGCGCAUCUCCAUGAGAGGCAUUUCCAAUCGCGUUUUGGAAUUUGUAAUGCUGUAAACAGGAUAAACAGAUGGAUUUGUGAUGCGGCUGUCCUUGCUAACAUGCACAACACUACGGACUGCAACUUCUCAUGCGUGGCUUCCAAAACUUGUGGAUUUGUCUUGCUAUGUUCCCAACUUGACUAUGGGGUGGGGACGUUUUUACAUAGGAUAAGUGCUAGCAGCGAAAGUGGUGUCAGUAGAACCCCAAGAAGACGAACUAGAGCGAAGAUGAAACACCGAAUAAAUAGUCCCUCUUCCAAGUAUGACUUGCUCAAACGUUACAAUCUCAAACGUUACAAUAGAAUCUGAGAUUUGUCUUGCAUGAUGAGCAUGACAGACUCGCAGAGCGUUCCACUUUCUGCAAUACAAAUUUCGCCAGAUUGUAGUGGGGUUUGAUGCUCCGGAACCUGUCAUGCGCAAUCCUAUGAGAAUUGGCUAGAUCAUGCAUUCUGGCAUCACAGAUUUCCAAAUUCUAUUGUAACGCUUGAGAUUGUAACACCUGAGCGGGUUAUACCAAGCACGGCCAACCAGCGCGUCCAGAGCGCACGACGCCGGUUGAGCUUGGGCGGACAAUAGAACUAUCCUGAGUAAAAACGUACCCACACCAGAGUUGUAAUGCAGAUUUGCAAAGACAGGAAGACUUGUAAUGCGCAUCCCCAUGAGAGCCAUUUCCAAUCGUGUUUUGGAAUUUGUGAUGCUGUGAACAGGAUGAGCAGAUGAAUCUGCGACGCGGCUGCACUUUCUAACCUGCACUACACUGCAGAGUGCAACUUGUCAUGCGUGACUCACAAAGCUCCUAGGUUUGUGUUGCAAAAUCCCCAUCCUGACUCUGGUGUGGGUACGUUUUUACUCAGGAUAAGAGCAAGAAGGUCAUGGAGCGAAGAAACUUAAGCAACACAACGACGCGGCGUCGGACACACGAAAAGCGCCACUUGGUCGUAAGCAAGAACGCGCCGGACUACAGCAAACCGCCCCUCCUGCAUCCUUUCAAAUGUCUUCCGUGCGGACCUUGAACUUUGCGCGCUUCAACAAGGGAUGGAAAAACCGCAAGCUGCUGCGCAUCUUAGCGAACCACGUUACAAUAUCAAAUGUAAAAAUGUCUGGGUCUGGAAACUUGUGAUGCUGGGUGGCGUCUCAUGAUGAGGCCACAAAUGCUCGCUCAGCAUGACAAGUUUCUGAGCUUCUAGGUGUUGCCUAUUCUGCAUGACAAACUGCAUUCCUGCAUCACAGAAAAAUGGAGCUCUUGGGUAACGUGCAUGACAGAUUUAAGAGUCAUGCCAGACAAGCAUGACAAACAUGCAUUCUUCCAGACCCAGACAUUUUUACAUUUGAUAUACAACCCGAAAGCCGUUGAUCCUCCGCAACGUCGGGGUUCCGGAGGGGACGCGGAGCAUUGCGGAAGUAUUGGAGGGCAUCAGAAGGUAUCAAAUGUAAAAAUGUCUGGGUCUGGAAACGUGUGAUGCUGUGUGGCGUAUCAUGAGGAGGCCACAAUUGCUGGCUCAGCAUGACAAGUUUCUGAGCUUCUAGGUGUUGCCUAUUCUGCAUGACAAACUACGUUUCUGCAUGACAGCAAAGUGGGGCUCUUUGGUAAUGUGCAUGACAGAUUUAAGAGUCAUGCCAAACGAGCAUGACAAAUUUGCAUUCUUCCAGACCCAGACAUUUUUACAUUUGAUAGAAGGGCGGAAAAGGCGGAAGAGGAGGGGCAAAAAACCGCACAGCAAAAAGCCGCGAAAGACAAGCAAGGAGUAAACAAGAAGAACCCGCCCUCUGGUUUUGGUGUUCCCGCGAAAGGACAAGCAGGCUCUGGACCUGCAGUUGUUGUUCAGGGCGGACCUUCAAAUGGUGAAGGCCCAGGCGCCGGCCGUUUCCACCAGCAAACGCCUCCCGCCGGCAGCGCGCAACCACGACAACAGACUGUGGUUACCACGAAGUACGACAUUGCUGUUGGGCCACCACGAAGCACAACUACUUCUGCCCGGAGUAGGCCCCCUCAGACCAAAGCCAGCCCCUACCCGCUACCGCAUGCGCGCGAAGAUGCCGAUGUUCUCCGCGCGGACCUAAUCCGACAGGCGCAAAUGAAGCGGAACCUGGUCGCGCUGCACGCCGCGCCGCGUAGCUUUUUUCAGUCUCGUUUUGGGCGGUUCGGAACCCGGAAGCGGUGGAAGACGAUGUGCAACGACUUUCGAAGCUUUGGCAGGUUCGAGGUGCCGGUGCACGUGUCGCAGGCCUUUCACGCCCUGAAUGGGACCGCUUCGCUUGAGGAUUGGGGGCCGGCGGCGAACCAGUUUUACUGCGCCGCGUGGCACCUGGGCGCCAUCGAAACUUGGGUCGACCGCCCGGUGGACUUCGUCUGCUCGAUGGAGCAAAUGCGGAAACUGCUUCUACCGUGGCCGCCCGAGGCCGGGGUCAUGGGGUCGUCAACAGAUGCCGCAGCACCCGUGGAAGAUUUUCCGCACAUGCAGGCACGACCAGCACAGGGGCUUGAUGUUAACUAUGCGACCACUGCGAGCAGCGGCAGUACAGAAACGAAGGGCCUCUCUACGUCGAAUGGUGCUAGUUUAAUCCCGUACCAGCUCUACCUUCAGGAGGAUAUGCCAGAACGUGUCGAAGACAUUCACCCAGCGUCCGCGCCCGUUUUGGUAUCAGACUGCAACAAGAAGACUCUCCCUUAAUCUUUCCCUCACUUGCAGCAUGGGAUGUCGGACAGCAACCUGUCAUGCGAAAACAGCAGUGUUGAAGCUCGCGCAGGAUAAAACUACUUACGCCUAGAGUGAUGUAGUUAUGUUUGGGAUCAUCCCGAAACUUGUCAUGCAAAAAGUGCGAAAUAACAAUCAAAACAAAGAGUGAGUAGGUUUGUACUCUCCAUUGAUUUGUAUUAAGGAGGAACACCACGACCAGGGGGAGUCACUUGUCCGCAUUCACAUUUGCCAUACCUGCACCGGAAGAUCCUCUCCGCGCCGCAGAGCCCACCGACCGAGCUGGCGAUUGAUCCCGAUAUCGGGAUGCAUCUGCUUUUCGAAUCGAGGCAUUUGACCGGCGGCUCCGCGGGGACGGUUGUGAACGCGCAUACUGACGUAUUCACUGUAAAUUUAUUCCCGUACACGGCCAAAUGCUGUCUCUGCAUGACGAAACUCGUGUUUAAUCUUUAGUUGUCAGCAUGACAAGUUUGACGCUCCAAGUAUAGCGAGAAUUGUACAUGCAUUUUGUACAUGUACGGGAAUGAAUUUGUAUUGCAUAUGACUGCAACGCAAAGCUACUGGUGAACUACUGGGGGCGGCGCAAAAUGCACCUGUUUGACGGUCUCCCACUCAUUGCAGCGAACGAGCAAGACGACAAUUUCCGCAGCACGUCGCACUUGUCUCCAACUUCACAGGAAGGGGAUUUCUUGCGAGCGGACUUGGGGAGAAAAACAUCAGAGUUUUCCUCUUCCCCAGGGCAAGAUUUGAUGUACUCCGGGGAGGCUUUUGAUACUUUGUGGAAGCUGCGACGCAUUAGUGAGGAUCUCAUGCUGGUGCAGGAGGACAAGGAAAACCACGGGAGGAGGAAGACCACAGCUACCACCGGCUUAUCUCAAGAACGAGGCACUAUUUUUAACCGGGAAAGUAGUAAAGAUGAAGUGACAGACACGGAAAAUGAGCAGGAACAGCUCGCAGCGGUUCGCCGGCUUCGGACGCAGUUCCAAACGCACAACGUGACCAUCUCGGAGGUGGAAAUCGGUCCGGGCGACGCAAUAUCAAGUGCAAAAAUGUCUGGGUCUGGAAGAUUGCAAUUUGUCAUGCUGUUUUUGGACUCAAAAAAAAUUGGUUGACAAACCAAAAUCUCAACCACGCCAAUUUGUCUCAACGUUGAGACAAAACGCCCCAACGUUGACACCGACGCCUCAACUUCGGCACCGUUUAGGGAUUAGGGUCUAGGGUUUGGGGUUCUGGUCGUCGGCCAGGGCAGCCGCCGCCGGCCGGCCGGCCGGCGGCGGCUGCCCUGGCCGACGACUCUCCCCUUUCCUUGUGUUGUGUUCCACACCCGCACCCCUGCCCGUGUGUGUUGCCGCGUCCUUGCCCUCCUUGUGUCUCAUCGACCCCGCCUCGCGUCAAUGGCGGCGGGCGUACCUCUCCGCCGCUACCGACGAGCGUUGUUUGGGGCCGCCGGGCAAUCGUUGAGACGAUUGCCCAUCGGCCUCAUGAACGUUGAGACAAGAACGUUGAGAUUCUGGUCUGUUAACCAAAAAAAUUUGUAUUGCAUGACCAGCAAGAGGGGUACAAUUUGUGCUACACGGGCAGGGUUUUUCUCAUGCGGAAGAUGCAUCAGGAAGCCCUCUAAAAGUCUGCGAUGCUAGGUCAUGCAUUACAGGCAUCAUGGGUCAUGAGAAAUACGCAUGACAAAUCUUGCAUUCUUCCAGACCCAGACAUUUUUGCACGUGAUACGCAAUUUUUUUGCCGGAAAUGUUUUUUUCGGAUGCCACCAUGCUGGAAGCAAGUCUGGGAGUGAACAUGCUCUACCAGAUAUCCUAUGUAAAAACGUACCCACACCAUAGUCAAGAUGUGAAGUCUGCAACACAAAUCCCCAAGUUUUGGGAGGUCUGCAUGACAAGUUUCCAUCUGCAGCGUAGUGCUGGCUAGCAAGGAAAGCCGCAUGAGAAAGCCAUUUUCUCAUCCUGUUUACAGCACUACAAAUGCCAAAACACGACUGGCAAUCCCUCUCAUGGAGUUUCGCACUACAAAUGUUCCUGUCAUUGCGCAUUUGCAUGACAACUCUGGGGUUUGCAGCAUGGGCAUGCGCGCAUCUUAGGCAUGCGCGCGUCGCUAUCUGCCUCUGGUGUUUGCAGCCUUCUGAAUAGUAACGCAAUGGAGAUGUUGCCGCAGGUAUCAGUAUGGUAAUUAUUACUGAAGACCUGGACUUCUCCACUCAUAGUGUUAGCGUGUUGGAUGUGGGCGUGAAACUGUUGGCAAAAGGACUAAGUGUUGGCUCGAAAAGUUAGGCUGGUUGUGAGACAAGUAAGGCUGGUUGCGAAAAAGUGAGGAGUAUGGCAGGUUGCGUAAGAGUAUGGCAAGUGGCCGGGAGAUGAUGGCGAUGGCACUUCGGUGUCCGCCUGACCUACCCCCCCUGCGUGUCAAGCCAUCUGCGGCCUGGGGCAGAGGGGAGGGCAAAGUGUGCUGCAAUUCCUUUAGCAUGACAACUCUGGGGUGGGGACGUUUUUACUCAGGAUACCAAAGUCAGCGAAACGGCGCGGAGACCUUCUGUCUUUUCCUGCGCGACUUCGGUCCCAAGGCGUGCGGUGGCCGCAUCACAAGCCGCGGGGCGGGGAAGGCGGCGCGAAUGGGGCUGCGCGCAAAUUGGAAGAAGGUCGUCGCGGACGCGUCUCUGUGGCAGUUUGUGGAAUGA